UCCUGUGUCCUGUGUCCUGGUCCCUGUGUCCUGUGACCUGUGUCCUGUGGCUCUUGCUGGAAGCUGAACACUGACUCUGACAGAGCGACGUGACAAACAGCAGAAGGAAGGAAGUCUCCUGUAGAGUCUCUGCUGACACCAGGCCUCAUUUGAAUAACAACACACAGGCCGAAGGUCCGGUAUAUAAAGAUGGAGCCUGCGUUUAGUGGACAAACACAUUGACCAGCAUCUGCACCAAAAGGCAUCAUGGGGAAGAUCAUCUUCUACGAGGAGAGGAACUUCGGAGGCCCUCACUACGAGUGCAUGAGCGACUACGCCGACCUGCACUCCAUGUUCCAGCGCUGCCGCUCCAUCCGGGUGGAGAGCGGCAUGUUCAUGAUCUACGACCGGGCCGGCUACGCGGGAAACCAGUUCUUCGUGAGGAGGGGCGAGUACUCGGACUACCUGGGCUCGACCGGCAUGAACGACUGCGUCAGGUCCUGUCGCGUGAUCCCCGCGCACCACGGCAGCUUCAGGAUGAGGCUGUACGAGCAUUUCGACAUGAACGGCGAGAUGAUGGAGCUGACGGACGACUGUCCCAACCUCAUGGACCGCUUCCGACUGUCCAACUUCAACUCCUGCAACGUGAUGGACGGCCACUGGCUGCUGUACGAGCAGCCCCAGUACAGGGGGCGUCACUACUACCUGAGGCCCGGCCAGUACAGGAGCUUCGGCGAGUGGAGCGGCAACAACUCCAGGAUCAGCUCCAUCAGGCGCCUCACGGAACUCUAAAGACGGAAGAACGGUCCUUGUGAAAUGUCUGCUCUUUGCCUUGUUUCACACGCUGAAUAAAAUGGCGUCAGUGCUCAA